AAUAAAAAAUUACAUAAUGGCAGUUCAUUUGUCAAGAAGGUUGAACAAGGUCCUGAAAAACUGGCCCAUAGACAGUUCUCGGAAAGGAAGGGACCUAGGUGAAUACUUGCAUCAAGAGUACAGGCUCACAUUUGAAAAAUUGCUCUCAGAAGAUAUAGAAGUGGCUAAAAAUUCACUCCAGAGUUUAGAAAAUCUCAAUAAUAAUUGUUAUUGGAAUCGAUAUCCUCGAAAGCAUAAUCAUGGUUUUAUCGGUGACAUAGUAGCAAAAAAUCCAUGGAUACUGUCAAAUGAAAACAUGAAACAGAUGAAUGUCUCAUCAAUGUCAUUGUGGCAAAGAUUUAAAGCAAGCUUUAAUAAAUGACAUAUCCAUCACUCAUUGCUAUCAUUAUGUAAAACACACAGUUAUUAUUAUUAUGUUGUUGUUGUUUUGUUACAAUUUUAAUUAAACAAACAUUGACUUUUCACACAUAA